ACUAAAGUUUAAUUAAUUUAAUAUAGACAAUUAUGCCGAACCGAUAACGCUUCUUAGUCUCGAUAACCACGAGAUAUAAAGACCGAUGCCGGAGGAGGUGGCGAAGUAUUGUAGUCUGCUCGAAUGACGGAAUUCCGCAGAGCAGUACAAUCAUGCGGUGGUCCGGGUGUGUUUUCCUCCUUUUGACUCUCGUCGCGUGUGCCUGGGCGAGAAUCAAGGACCCUUACAACAUCCUGGAAAUAAAGAGGACGUCGGAUGCCCAGGACAUCAAAAAGGCCUACAAGAAGCUGGCCAAAGAAUGGCAUCCUGAUAAGAACAAGUCUCCCAAGCUGAGGUUACAGCAUGUGGCUCACAUAGAACCCAUAUGGCGAAGAUUGUAUGAAGAACUGGAGCCUAUUAAUUUUGGCAUGGCUACGGUGCAUGCUGGCCAUGAAGUAGAAUUAGCUCGAAAGCUUGGGGUUAGUACUGUUCCCUAUUUGGUUAUGCUUUUGGAUGGCCAUCCUUACCAUUACACUGAAGCAUCUGUUAGCAUGGUUUCUUCAUUAGACUUUAUUCGCAGCAAAUUCCCUCACAAAUUAGUACAAAGAGUAACAGAGGAGUCACUUGAGUCAUUUCUAGGUGGCUGGAUGGAUAAUAAGGUACGGGUGCUAAUCUUUGGACGUUUGGAUAUCAUUCGCCUCCGAUACUUGACUGUUGGAUGGGAGUUCAAAGAAAGAGCUGUGAUUGGGUAUGUACAAAUGGAUCGAGCAGAAACUGACAGCAUUCGCACACGUUAUAGUGUGUCAAAUAAGGUUGAUACACUUCUUGUUUUCCAUGAAGACCUGCAUACUCCUGUUGCAUCUGUGGCUAUGACAGAUUUACCUUAUGCUACAAUGAAGGAUAUUAUUGAAGGAAACAAGUUCCUAGUCCUUCCACGUCUUUCUUCUCAGAAUGUUUUUGAUGCCUUGUGUCCUGUUGAAUCAGUUCGAUCUCGUCGCCGAUUAUGUGUAGUUUUAGUAACUCAAGAUGAUCCUGCCCAUGACCCAAGCCGUGCAGCACUUCGUGAAUAUGCUAGUCUUGAUCAGGCACGAGAAAGGGAUCGUGUUCGUUAUGCUUACCUUUUCCGAGAGAAACAAGUUGAAUUCAUGAAUGCGUUGACUGCAGCAUCUGGAUCACCAGUGGAGACAAAUCAUCACAUUGUUAUUUUGUGGCGAAAAGAUCAGAAUCAUCUCAAGUAUGAAUGGUUGGAUGGCGGAUGGGAAGUAGAACCUGAGAAGCAUAAUGCUUCUCGAGAGGCUCUGAGAGCUGCUGUUCAACGACUUCUACAUUCUAAUCAGCCAAUGCCUUUUGAAACAGUAGUUCAGGAGCUGUUUGAUGAGCAUGCACAAGGAAUUGUUUGGAGGAUCAUUAAUAAGUUGGUUUCGGUUCAGGACUACUUCAGGGAAAAUGUAACCCAAGAUGAUCUAGUUCCUGCUGUCUCCAUCUUCAUUACUGUCCUCUUUAUUGUUGCUGGAGGAUAUGUCAUGUCCUACUUGGUAAAACUAGAGGAAGAGCGUGUAAGCAAAACAGGAGGGGUAUUUGUUGAUCAGACUGGGAAGCUGAGGGUUCAGCCUCAGCUUAAAGUGCAUGAGCUACGAGGAGAAACCUACAAUGGUCUGGUACGAAUGUUGAAACCAGGAUGCCGUACACUGGUUAUGCUUUGUGAUUCAGAAAGCAGGGCAAAAUUAAUGCCUAAAUUCCACAAAGCUUGUUGGCCAUAUAGAAAAAACAAGACACUUAUGUUCGCAUUUUUGAACAUUGAGAGGGCGUCAGCCAUGGAAUGGUACAAGCGAAUUCUUAUCUUGGGCUUGCCAGAGCCUCGUGAUCUCAACAUCAACCCCAAAAAUACAAUAGGAACUGUGAUUGCUCUUAAUGGACACAGAAAGUACUAUUGUUUAUAUCAUGCUAAACAUCCAGAGUCUGUGUUUGGGGCUGGGUCUCCUGCUACAUCUGAGUCUGAGGGAGGACUUAGGAGAAGACAUCCGCGUUCUGGUAUCAGUGGAGAUUUCAUGGGAUUCAGCGAUAAUGAAACUGAAUCUGAUUCUGAUAUUGAGAGUGGAGACAAGAGGAAGGAUUCUGCUGCCUCUGAUAAACCCCUGCUCAACUACUAUAGUAACAUACUUUUUGAAGAACAACUCUUAGAAGGAUUAUCCAUGUGGAUGGACAGGCUCUUUGAAGGAUCAACUUUCCGAUACCACAUCAAUUACUGGCCUGACUGGCCUGGGAAGUAGAGAUCUCAGACGUACAUUCUGGCUAUGGAAUGAUGUCAUAUCUUAUCUCCUCUAGUGUCCUGAACAAAGGGAAUCAUGAUAUAUCAUACAAGCAGGUGACUGUAUGUUGAUAGUAUUGUUAAAUAGCAUGUUACCCUUGACUACAUUGUUGUAGGUAGACUAUGUUAUGUGCAAGGCAGCAUGUGUUUCAUUGUUACCGAUAUGUCUUGUACAUUAAAAUUGAAAUCUUGGGAAGGGAAACUACAAGGGGCAGGACUAAUUUAUUCAUAUGUGAAUUCAAUUUAUAAGACUUUGUAUAUGCAGACAUUAUAUGUAAUGUACAUAAUAGGUAUACACUUACAUGUUACGUAGAGAAGUAUGAGACUAUAUAGUAGUAUAUGUAUAAAUACUCAGUAGACAUUAUAUUUGAUCUUGAGUAGGCAGUAGUAGAUUUGGUUCUUGUUUCAUCCCCAUAAGGAUCUGCAUUUGAUUGUGUAUAUAUGAUAUACAUAGUAGACUAUAUAGAUAUUGGAUCUAGCUCUUAUUUAACAAAACAAAGACUUCUGAUUUAGUUUUUUUGCGUAGAAGUAUUAAUCUCCUUACAUGUAAACUAAAAGUAAGGCUGCCAUUUCUUCUCAUAACUGGUAUCUUCAUGCUGAGUCUGGUGGAUUAUUGAAUGUGCUCGACUCAAGCAAUUCUGUCUACUAUUAGUCAGUCUCCAUGAGAUUCAGGUUUUGCUUUAUGUCCUCAGUUAAUGAUAAUCUAAACCAGGUGAGUAACUUCUUUGGGUAUAAAAGUUUCUCAUUAAUAAAAUGGACUUGCCAAUUAUGGAAGCAUGAUGCUCCUCUUUAUACCAGAAAAACAUGUUAAUUGAUAUUUGUUUUUAAAUAAAUUUUAAAAGAAUAACAGGAUUCCUAUUUUAUGCUUACCCAUUGCAGUAACCUUUGAAGUUCUGUGUAGUUGCCCAGUACUCUUUAAAUACAUAUUAAAGUACAUACUACAGUAAUUCAUAGUCAUAUCAUAAGAGUAGCAAUUUACUUUUUCUGUCAACAGACCAUAGUGAAAACCAUUAUAUUGAAGAUUAUAAUCAGUGGUAUGGUAAAAUUCUUCAAUAAUUAUUUGUCCGAUUAGGGUACUCAGUAAUAGAAAUAAUCAGAAAAUUCUUAAUUUAUUUUUAUUUCAACAAGAACAUAAACAAGGUGUCAAAACUUGAGGCUUGCUAGAACUUCAUAUGAUUUUGAAGAUUGUAGAUAUUUAGCCUGAAUUGCUCAUAUUUCUUAUUUCUUAUUUCUCUGGCAGAAGUUACCACUUUCUUGAGUUCUUGUUAUUUACACAACUAGCUGCAACUAAAAUGGCUAACCUGGACCUGUUAUCAUUUAGGUAAAAUGAUGGUAAAAAAAAUUCCAAGCUACUUUAAUGAUAUAAGUUGUAUUGAAGAAAUAUAGUUACUGCUUGUUAAACCCUUGCACAUCUUAGCAUUUUGGGCUCAGUGAAGUAGUACAAGCAUAAUGUGUAACAUAAGUAGUAAGCUGUUAGUAGUUCUAGAAUAUAUCAAAUGACCAAGAGGUUUUAUUUAUUUUAUGUUGCCAUGUAGGUUAUAACAACAUUAAAAAGAUUGUAAUUUUGAGUGCUUUAGUUUUGGGAAUGUACCAUAUUGUGCUGAAGUGAGAUGUAUUUGAUAUCAGUAAGGGAUGAUGUAGUUUUAGUGGUUUAAGACUUAUAUGAAUUGUGGUAAAAAGAUUAACUUUUCCUUUUGAGAGUAUGGAGAAACUUUGGAAACUGCAGGGGACGUUAGUCAUUGAUAAGCUAGAGCAGGGGUUGGUAAUCCCUGGGCCACAUCUGGCCCACAAGGGAUUUCAGUUCGGCCCACCAACUUAUCACCUGAACACUAGUUAUCUAACAGUGGUUGCCUAGUUUAAGACUUUAAGCGAUCCUUAUAGUGCAUUUGAUAUCAUGGCCCUCCUCCAAGACACUGUAUGGCAGUCUGACCUGCUCUUUCCAAAAAGUUACCAACCCCUAAGCUAGAGCAUUGUCAGGAGGGCAAGGUUAUGCAUACAUUAUUGUGAAUUGCUCUGGUAACAUUUGUGUUUUGAAGCAAUUACCUCAAAAAAAAAAAAAAGCCUUGAACAAUUUUGCUAUAAACUAUGCUUCUGCUGAAGGAAACUAGACAUCAGCUUGCAUCUAGCACUGAAGAAAUUUCAAUUCAUGCCUGCUUGUUUUGAGGGGCUGCUAAAAUACAAUAAAUCAGUCUUUUUAAAGUUAAACUGAAGGCAAUGGUAUUGAGGUGUUUAUGAAAAGGCUAAAUCUACCCCAGUGAAGUACUGAUACUUCCUCCAAAAUCCUUGUAGAUAGCAAUGCCGAGGUGCUAUUGAAACACCUAGACCUGCUCUUUAAAAACCUUAAAAUAGGACAAGCUUGUAGAUAUUUUGUUCCUGUAGAUAUUGUCAAAGUCAUUGCAGACAAGAUUUUAUUAAUAUUUAAACGGUUAUAACUUAUAUAUUUUGGUGCUUUUCCUUUUUAAGUCAUUCUGAUCUACACAUUAUGCCUGCCUGAAUCUGUCAGAAUUUUACCAAUAUUAAAACAGAAGAGGUCCAGAUUUGCAAGGGUCUACUUGUGUAUGUAUAUUUUAGAACAGUUUGAUAUUAGGAAUUACUAUCACAAAUAGACGAGUGGGUAUUAUUUAUACUAGUGAAACGUACACUUUGUGAAUGUUUUAACAACAAUAAUGGAUGUCUAGUAUCGCAAUUUUCUUUAUGCAGAAAGUUCAGAUGCUUGGUCAUUUUAGCUAGUCUUAAUACACUUCCAACUUGUAUCAUUAAGGUACUUUUAUUUUGUUGCAAUUGUGUGUACCUUAAGCCACAUUCUUACCGCCAUAGUACUUUUUAUUUUUCCGAUUGGCUCCGAUUACUGAAUUAACCCGAAUGAACUUGGCAUUGUCAAAACUUCACACUUGCUUUUCUUUAUAGAAAGCAGGAUCUUGCAUAUUUUGUCAUGGGAGUUUACUGAUCUCAGCACUUACAUUUCAUUUUUAGUUUAGAAAUCACAGAAGGCAAGAAUCAGUCACACUGAGGUCAAGCUGUUACCAUAGUACCCUUUGAAUAUGAGAAUCAUUUAAAUUUAUUUUUGACAUGUUAUCCCAUCCUUAUACAUUCCAGCACAGUUGUACCCAAAGUAGUGUUCAUGUUGCCACUUACCUCACUGCCACACCACUGCCUUGACAUUAUGACAUUGCUGGUGUUAUUGCAGAUCAAUUUUUCAUGUCCUGAAAUUUUACAGAUAAGAAAUUUUGCUUUGUAUCAUUCAUUUUGAUAAAUUUGAAUUGACAAUGCUUCUUAUAUGUAAAAAUGCAUAACAUUCAGCAUGUGGUUGAAGUUUGUUGUUCCUUUGUAAUUAGGAAAAGAAUUGCAAUGAAAAUGUAGGUGUAUGAAGUAUAAACCAAUGUCUUCCUAGAAAUGAAAACUUUAAAUUCUAAUAAGACAGGGGUUUGCAUCAGCAAAACACAUUUGAUUUUUGGAUAGCUGGCCUUCAUACAGUCUCAACAUUGUCGUAGUAUAAAAUUAUUGAAUGUUUAAUAGUUGAUUAUUAGUACUUCAAGUAUUUUUUUCCCAUUUCUACCAGUGAGUUUCUUCCAUAUGACAAGGUUUUUUUUUUAGGAAAUAAGGAAAGGAUUGCACCGAUUUUUGUUUUAAUGGAUUAUAGUACUGUACAAUGUUUCAUUGUUUAAAUCUGAAAAUGUGUGCUUUUCCAAGUAUAAAGUUAAGAUUUUAGACAUUUGUUUUAUUACUGUAUGUGUUGAUAUAGCUAUUCUAAAGCUGCUAAUGUCGUAAAGUAGCCAUUAUAAAUGAAAUUUUUAUUUUAAAGUAUUAUAUAGAUGUUUUUCUAUUCUGAUGAAACACCAUAAAAACACCAGUGUGUUCAAUGUUUUUUCAGUAAAAAAUUAUUUCAGGGUCACGGUAGAUGUGUAUUUCUUCAUUUGCUAAAUAUGAACUAUUAUCCAGGUUUUUCAUUAGGUUGUAUGGUAGUUUCAAACAUUUUUUCCACACUUUAUGUUGUAUAUACAGAAAGUUCAGGUCUACCUUUAGCUGUAAGGAAGUUGAAGAACAAGUAUGAUCAGAAUUGUCUCUAGGUGUUGGUAUUGUUUUUGUAUUAAUAAUCACAGUAUACUCUAACGACCUCAAAAUAUUAAAAGUAAUAUUGAAAGGUCACAGCCUGUCGAGAAAUUAAUGAAGAUAUUUCCAUGAGAAUCCUGGAUUAGUGAGGUUUCAUGAUGUACUGUUGUAAGAAUGGUAUAUAAAUAGCUUUUCUUUCGGAUGAUUUCUGGUAAUGUUCAACAGAACUAGAUAUUUUAGUAACUAGGUGAACAAGUAAUCUAAUCUUAGCAAAGACAGCGUGUUUGUUUUAGCUGUCAUUGAAUUUGUCAAGCUGCAUGGAAUGGGGUCAUCAUUGAUACUUUAUGCCAAAUGACCAAAAUUUCCACUGAAUGAUUGGUUUACUUAUUUGUUCUGCAAUUCAUUCUCUCUCUCUCUCUAAAUGACAGGGUUGUCUUCAGCCGAGGACUGUCGUUAUUUUGUUCAUUUAUCUAUGUUUUGAUGUUCAAUUGCCAUGUAAUCAAGCAUAACUGGUAGCUGUAAGCUUUAUUUGUGGUCACUUUAAAUAUAGCAGUUAAUUCAAAUGUCAUAUUUGUAAAACAUGAAAAUGUACUUAUAGUUGGUACUUGAAAUUAAUCCUUGAACUUGGUCAUGAAGUAAAUUUCUCAAAAAAGUUUAGGAAUGUGUACAAGUUGUUUUUUUUUUUUGUUUUUGUACUUCCAAGAUGCAAUUUUUUACUGCACAUUGGACAAUUGUUAUGGGUUGUGAGAAAGCUGUUUGAAAUUAAUAUAACUGCCAAAAGGGUAUCAUGCAGAGAUUACUAUGAGGAAACACUAACUCCACAUCUCAGGAAGUCUGUCAGCUGAUGAUUUAUUUAUGAAAUACCAUCUACAGAAAAUUUAUGUAUAAAUAAUUAAUUGGAAGGUCAUUUUAAAUAUCCUUCAUAUUCCAUUGUUUGGUGUUAAGGGACCUACAUUUUAUGUAUAUUUAUACAGUAAUAAUUAGACUAACUCUUUGUUUAUUGUACUUCCAUUCCAUAGCCAGCCUUCCCAUUAUAUUUAGUACUAUGUAGGUGUAUUUUAUUUUGUUUUUUGUUAAUAAACUCUGCAGUACUACAUAACAGAAAUUCAGUAUGUUUUAGACUGAUGCCCUGUCUCUCAAAGGGAUCCAUGAUGAGUUUUUGAGUAUUUCCUUAUUACUGAUCAUCAUGAUUUCAGCCCAAGUUAAAACUCGGCAUAGUGACCCAAGGUCCACAAUCAUAGGCUUUGUGAUCUAUUGUAAACAUGCAUGAAAAAUAUAUUCAGAGUAUACAGUGUCAUUUGACACUGGAGUGCAAGUUUACUGGUGUGAUUUGGUUUCUCUUCCCUUUAUUUUGGCUCUGAACCUAAUUCUGAUGCAGUCAUGGUUUUUUCUGUUUCCCUUGUGAUUGAUGACAUACACCAUUGUUGUUGGGAGGUUAUGGAAAAAUUAUUUCACCAUACACCAUUGUUGUUGGGAGGUUAUGGAAAAAUUAUUUCACCUUGAGUUUUUGCUGAAUAUGAACUGGAAAGUGGGAAUUUGGAAUGGUUUUAAGUAAGUGUCCAGUUGGUUGCAAGGCUCAUUCAAAAUUGUCAAGUAGGAAUCUUGUAAUAAGCUGCCUUUUUAUGAUUUACCAUGCAUUGGUAAUACUGUACUCCCUGGUUCUGAACAUUUGCACCUUUUGUAUGCCAGUUAUGCCUUCAUGCACCAAUUCUGUUGUUACAUUGUUGGUUUAGUCUGAGAAAGCUAGCUUGUGAUGCCUUUCGUUUAGUGUCUGUUCCUAGAAUUAUAUGCAUGCCACCUUUUUUUUUAAUAGAGCAUCAGUAUUCAUAUUCUUUUGAGAUGUGUUACACUGUAUGUGUUACACUGUUGUGUAGAGAUGAUGUAAAGCCACAUUGCUCAUCACUGUUCAGCAUGGAACUAUUUCUGGUAGUUUUAUGGAUGAUCUCCCAUAAAAGUUUGAAUUAAACUGUUGAAUUAAUUCCUGUUUUAGAUUUUUGCAAUCUUUUUCCAAAUGUUUUAUAAUGUAUUUUAACUUUGUUUUUACUUAACUAUUUUUCUCUUUGAUCUGCUUUUUGUCUUUUCACUUGUGGACACCAUUUCUGUGGAGGCUUGUUAUGCAAUUUAUAUAUAAUUUUGCUCAUAAGAAUGUGUAAAAACUCAACUACAUAUAUCAUUGAUAGUGAUGAUAAUGGAGAAUAAUUCUAGUAAUAUGAUUGAGAUUUUAGCAUAUAAUAAUUUAAUACUUUUAAUGUCUUACCAUGUGGUUUCUAUCACUCUAGGGCUGUCCUCUGCAGGCAGAGGACAGCUGCUGUAUAUUUGCUGCUUGCUUCUAAUGUCCAAUGAUUUGGAUUUCAGUAAGUAGGUGCAGAACAAUACUGAAAAAGUUUUAGAACCUCUUUUUCAAGGCUGUUGCCAAGGUCCAGUUACUACACAGGGGAAGAGUACAGGUUGAAGGCAUCUUAGCCUUUGAGACAAACUUGGAGACAGAGGCAAGUGUCAUGUAUUUAGACAUAGGCCUUCCUUCAAGUGGUUUUCUCAUAAGUAGGCCUUAUUUUAAGACUUGAUUACUUGUGACUACAUUCCUACUGUACAUGUCAAUCAUGCUGAUAGAUAAAAGAAUUCGUAUUGUGCAAAAGUGAUUCGUGAGGUUCAAGCGUGGUGUCUGACCAGCCUCCACCUCUGCUACAUAUCGGAUACCAGAUGCCACAGAACCCUUGCACAUAAAAUUUUUUUUUAUUGUUUUUAACUGGUUUCCCAGCUGGUAAAAGUUUGUUAGCAAUGGAAAAUGCAAAUUAAAAAUUUCUCAUUUUCCAUUGUCUUUCCUUAUAAUCUUUAUGCUUGGUUGUGGAUCCUAACAGUCCUCUUGGUUGGAUUCUAGUCAUUGUUUGUUAAAUAACAGUCCCUUCACUGUCUAUUACUGUGAUGUUCAGUUUCCUCUGUUAAGAAUUCUGGCAUGCAAUGCUUAAAGUGUUGGCGAGUUUGUCAUUGGUGAUGUUUUAUGUCAUAGCUGCCAACAUCUAUUUUCCUUAUCCUUCUAGUUGUUGUUGUAAUAACCUAGUGUUUGGCAUACCAGUUACCUGUUAAUGUAGACAUAUUAUUGCCAUGGUUGGAAAAUGUGGAAUCUGUCAAUCAACUGGAUUGUAGUUCCCAAUGCAAGUACAAUAUAAGGGUAGGUUUGUAGUUGUAUUUUCGUAAUGGUAUUAUUUUGAAGGAAGGUUAACUGUGUGUAUUUUAGUUUCCUUCCAAAUAGAAAUACUAUAAAAUUGUCGUGUUUACUUUCUAACUUUGCAGAUAACUCUUCACCUGUGUAGCCAAAAACCUAUGGGCAUCCCACUGAUUUAGUAAUCAAUGCAUGGUACCUCUUUCAUAGUAACAUCUACUUUGGAUGAAAUAUUCAAUACAGUAGAGGCAUUUUAAAGGAUAGUUAAUUCUUGGGGAGUAUUUUGAAUAAUUUGGAAAACGGAAAAUAUGUAUGUAAGUUUUUACGCUUAAAUUCUAUUUAUUUCAUUUGUUACUGUAGUUUAGUCUUGAAACUUUGUUUUAAAACUGUAUUGGUGAUGAUUUGGUGAUAAAACUUCCAUUGUUGUACAUGUAGUAGAUUUUUAUUUUCUUGGUAAAUUUUGUCAUUGGCAUUAAUACCAGGUACUUGCUGUAAUAGAAGAUAAAUGUAACAAAAUAUUUUUAUAAUAACCAUGGCCAAAAUGAAACUGUUUAGGAGAUCUUCUAGAAUAAGAGAAACUAAAUGUAAACUUAUGUGGUAAGGAGCUGGGGAUAUUGCAGUUUUUGAAAUAUAUGAGCAGUGUUAGGUUGUGAUAUAUAGUUAAAGGUAAGCCAUAGCCUCAAAAUUUGUGUUAUUAAGGGUGAGCAACCAUCACCCUUCAUACAUAGAGUACCCUUCAGCACGAGCUGGAACAGCUGUCGGAUCAGAGAGAGAGAGAGAGAGAGAGAGAGAGAUGAUUUCUGUCCUCACCUAAAUAGGAAGGUUGAAACACCAUUCCAAAUACUUCCACAGAAUUUAACUUUUCGAAAUAUAGUAAAAAACGCACAUUGGCAACUACUCUCGCACACAACAGGCUGAACACAAGUCAACGACUCGUUGAAAGUUUCAACGAGUGCAUCGUACUAUUAUUCAACAUUUGCCGCAGUUUCUUUCUCCCCUUUCCUUCGUCGCCUUUUCGACAUGUUGGUGACAUGUAUGUGAUAAUUUGUCAACAUGUAUGCGAUAAUUUGUCAACAUGUGUUUAUGACAAGUUUUACUGUAGUUUAAAAGCACUUGAGCUAAACAAUAGGGAGGAAGGGAGCAGUGGUUAACUUUGCUCUCCUCUCUUUUAUUUCUUUAGUCGCCAUAACAGAAGGAUGCAUUUGCUGUUGCUUCCCUGUGUGAUUUACAAUUGGUAGAGUACCCUGAAAUUGUUACUUUUACCUUGAACCUUGCUUUGUGCAAUGAAUACCAUUUGCUUGUUUAUUUUGGGUCUGGUUUUCUCAGCUAUAGAGAAUACAGAACCAGUGCCAUUGCAAAGGUCAUGGGUGGCUAUGUAGUCUGUAUCAGGAGAUCUUGGAGAAAGGAAGAAACAAUUCCCUAUGUUGAGAGUCUUCCUUGGACUUCAUGUCAGUGGGAGAAGUAUGGCAAGAGGAAGAACAGGCCUAAGAGCGUUUAAUUAAGUUUUAAAAAAAUGAAAUUAUGCCAAAUGCUUUUAAAAUCUUCCCUUCGGCUACUUUUCCUCUGGCUUUUCACCUCCUAGGAUUGGAUAAGUCACCCACUAAGAGGGUAAGAAGUUAGAGAGUUAUUCUCGUUCAGCAGGUGGCCUUGAAGUUGGAGGGUCAUUCUCGCCCUCCACCUUCUCCAAGGCAGAGUAGGGGGCCUCUUCCAAAGAAGUCUGCCAAGCAGUUGAAUCUGUUAUGGCUCCUCAGCCUACUGCUCCAUCUAAGUCUAAGCAACAGCAGCACAUCUGUCAUAUUUGGUGUGUAGCAGCAGCUCUAGCCAGCUUUAGAAGCUUGGAACAGGAGCAGCAGUCCAAGAGGGGUGGGAAAGGGAAGAAUAAGGGAGUUAGUUGUUGAGCAUGGCAAUCUUCAUCCUCCUCUGCCAUGAAUAGGAAUACUGCUUGUCUUCCUUAUUGAACCAAGUGGUAGCAACAGUGAGUAAGUAGUCUUGAACCGUAUCACUUUGGGACAUAUACAAGCUUCCAUUCAGGUACCUUUGUGCUUUUCUCCCAUGAUGCUCAUCCUGUUCCUAAUUAUUCUGUGGCUUCUUGGACAUCUUUAACCUAUUGUUAGAUAUGGAAAUCAUGAUUGAGGAAGGUGCCUUAGUGUCACUGAUUCCUUGUAUCCAGGGCUUAUAGCUGCCUCUUCCUUGUGCAUAGUGAUGAUGAAAAUGUUCCAACAUCCUUGAGACAGUCUGUUUGUAUACACUGUUCACUCUUUACUGGGUGGUGAUCAACUGAGUGUUCGUCUACUUGGAUCUUCAGACAGUUACUCAACAGCCUCAUGCCGAGUGUUACUCACAUCUGCUGACAUUCCUGAUUAAGGUGCUGAUGCAGUUUCCCCCAUAGUCCACCCUCCUGUGUCACCUACAUAGUCACAGGUAUCGCUAGGCAGUUCGAUCUCUCCACCUUCAUAGGUGAAUGUUAUUCAGCGUUGCCUCUGCAAGAGGGUUUUCUUGCAGGCCAGUGAGAGAAAUCUCUGGAUACCUAUGUUGUUUUAUAGUGAGUGCAUGGUAGGGAAAGUGUGCUUACUAUCCUCUGGAGUUGGUGUCAUAGAAGGAAUUGCUCUCCCCAAACACAGAUACCUGUUCAGUGGCUUGCAGAUUUCAUCUUUGUUCACUAAAACAAGCAACUCUUACUUUCUGUGGUAAGGGGCAUUGGUAGAGUUAUCCAUGCUUAUGAGAAACUUAAGUCUUGCCCUUACUAGGAACUUCAGCCCUUGGAGUAGGUUGUUUCAUUGAUGGUAUCUGUAGCUUUAGGGGCAUCUCUCCGAGCUACUGUCUCAUUCUUUGGACAGAAACUUUACUCUGAAGACUUUCUCCCACUUAGCUUUAGCCUCAACAGUGUGUGUUUGGGAACUCCAUGGCUUGUCUCAUCUUGUACAACACAAGGAAGGGUGGGGAUCCCUCUCAUUUUCUGUUUUGUCCUAAAUUUUGUAACAAAAACUCCCAACCCUUUGAUUCUGGACAAGAGUUUUGAGAGUUCCUAGAGUCUUUCCCUUUAUGAUUUUUGGUGGAGACCUGGUCUGUGCCUUUGGAGUUCAAAAGGACUUGUUCGAGUGUGGAGUGUAGGAUAGGUGGGUUGAGAGGUUAUCAAGUGGGGGUAUGAUUGAUUCAUCCCUAGAGGGGCUUGCUUUUCCUUCCUGUUCAAGAGCACACAGAGUUAGGGGUGUGAGACUGCCUCUUGCCUUUUGGAAAAACUCAAUUUUUUGAGGUAAUGAGAGUGGUUGCUCAACAAAUAAGGUUACACAGUCCUGACAGGGUACUUUGCAUCACAUCCGAUUAUGUAAGCUGCAUAUAUUCCUGUAUGAAGAGUAAUUGAGGAAGGUUUGGUUAUAUCUUUCUUUCCUUUGAGGAAGGAGACAUAUCUUUCUUUCCUUUUUCUCUCCUAAGUGCAUCCUGGCCAAAGUACAAUCUGGAAUAAAAUGAGGUUAGGGUAAUUAGACAGCAAACACCUGUUGUAGGUAGCUUAGAAUGUGCUGCUUUAUCUCUUGACAAGGAUGAUAUGGUUAGUUUUCUCUGAAUUUGUUUAUGAAUAGGAGGAAAAAGUUGCAUGGUGACUUGCCAACUCCUUCAGUAGUUAUGGGUUUCCAAAAUGCUAAUCCUACUCCAAAUCCGUUUUAUUUCUUUCUACCAUAAUGUUAAGAGGUUGUUGAAAUAAUUUCAUCCCUUGCUUGCAAAGGCAACUAGGAGCUUGGUGUUUCAUGGUGGAAUUCAGCUCUUCCUCUGGACUACACCUUCCUAAAGGGCAAGUUUCCACAUUUGCAAACAAUGAUGGUUGUAUCCCUAUAGGAACAACAACAGUUUUGAAGCAACAUUUUAAUUAUUUAGGUAGUAACCAACUCUAUCCGAGUUUUGUCCUUGUGGACAAAGGAAACAAUGGAAUGGCAAGUUUGUGCAGAGCGUAGGUAACUCCUCCCCUCGCCCCUUUCUUCCUUUUACUACCAUGUUUACCAAGAUUUAAUGGUUGUUCCAGCUUGUGCUGAAAGUUAUUCUGUAUAUGAGGCUCUGCUUUAUACCCAAAGGGAAAAUACAAAUUGCUUUAAAUAUUUUUUUUUCUUAAAAGUAGAUUUAAAAAGGUAAGGUACAUUCGUACCAUUAAAAAUUUUGACAGGCAUUUUAAUGUAAAUUUUGUUGGUAAUUUCUAGGUAUACGACCUGCCUUUGGUUAUUGUUAUCAAUCUGGGAUUUAUUCAGUAUGCUUUAACUAAUAGUUUAUAAUGUGGUUAUCUCACUAGAUGUAUACAACAGUUUUGUUUUUUAGUUUUUGCUUCUUUUGAUGUAUAGUUGUUAGAUUAAGAAACUGGAAAGGCUAAUUUCUGCCAAUUUCCCUUGAUGUCAUUUGUAAUGCAGGCAAUUUUUGUCCAUGAUUGUUUGCUUUCAUUCUAGUCAGUUUUAUAACUUUCUCAUCAUAAUACAAUAAACUUAAUAAUUGAAAAGUC